AUGGGUUCCUGUUUAUCAAGCGAGAGCAGGAGCCCUGGGCCUGGGUCUCCAGCGGGGCUUAGAAGAAGAAAGAGCUCGAAAAGGAAGUUUGGGUCUCAAAAUUCAUUUGACUAUAGGUGGGAGGAAAGACUGCAUAGGACUCCUGGUCGGAUGUUCUUGAACGGUUCGAGCGAGAUUGCGUCACUUUUUACGCAGCAGGGAAAGAAAGGGACUAAUCAAGAUGCCAUGGUUGUUUGGGAGAACUUUGCUUCAAAAACAGACACUGUCUUCUGUGGGAUUUUUGACGGCCAUGGUCCUUAUGGUCAUUUGGUUGCAAAGCGAGUAAGAGAUUCUCUUCCCUUGAAGCUGAGCUCGUACUGGGAAGUCAACAUUAAGAGUGACGAGGUUCUUAGGGAUGUCAGUUUGAACACUGCUAGUAGUUUAUGUUCAGAAGGAACUUCCUUUGUAUCUGCUGACGAGGAAGCUAGUCGAGCUUCAGUUGAUGUAGAAGAAAACAAAAGGCAGCCAGAGAUUUUUGAAACCCUGAAAGAGUCGUUUCUGAAGGCCUUUAAGGUCAUGGACAGGGAGUUGAGAAUCCAUUCGAAUAUUGACUGCUUCUGUAGUGGAACAACAGCUGUUACUCUGGUGAAACAGGGCCAAGAUAUUGUAAUGGCAAAUGUUGGGGACUCGAGGGCUGUAUUAGGUACAAGAGAUGAGAAUAAUUUGCUUACUGCAGUCCAGUUGACUGUGGAUCUCAAACCUAAUCUUCCAGCGGAAGCAGAGAGGAUUCGCAAAUGUAAAGGACGCGUUUUUUCUCUUCAUGAUGAACCUGAUGUUGCAAGAGUGUGGCUGCCGAAUAAUGACUCUCCAGGCCUUGCUAUGGCCCGUGCAUUUGGUGAUUUUUGUCUCAAGGACUUUGGUGUAAUCUCCGUGCCUGAAAUUUCCUAUAGACGCAUCACCAAUAAGGAUGAGUUUGUCGUGCUAGCCACAGAUGGGAUUUGGGAUGUACUCUCAAAUAAGGAAGUGGUUAACAUCGUGGGCUCUUGCCCUACACGUUCACAUGCCGCUCGAUCCCUUGUCGAGACGGCUGUUAAGGCAUGGAAGUCCAAAUAUCCGACUUCUAAAGUCGAUGACUGUGCAGCCGUUUGCCUUUUUCUGGAGUCAAACGAGACUAAUUCCACUCCCACCAAAACCAAUGACAAUAAUAGCCAUUCGCUCGAUCAGGACGAUGAUGCCAAACCUAAAUGCGAUAUUCUCAAAUCAAAGCACUCGAGCAUGGAUAAUAAAACUGACGAUGAGGUUGUUGGAGAAGAGGAUGAAGUUUCAGAAGCUCAAGAUGAAUUUGUGGAUGCUAAAGGUGUGAAUGCUGAAAUUGACACAAAUUAUUGGUCUGCUCUUGAAGGAGUUUCACGUGUGAACACACUCAUGAACCUGCCGAGGUUUUCACCCGGGAAGGAGGAUAAGAAUGCAGCUGGAGAAAGAAAAAUCAGAAAAUAG